AUGCCGCUGCUGAAACAAAAAUCACAGGCCCCAGAAGAGCCUCUUGUCUGUCAAAUAGAUCUGAAAAAUCACCCCAAAAUCAGCCAGCAGAAUGGAAAAGAGAGCUCAGCUAAAUCAAAGGGAGGCGAUUCACGGCCUAGGAAAGACCAAGAGACCACUCGGGGCUCUGUUGCCUCUACCUCUAAGAGGGACAGGACGUUACUGGCACCUCCUACAGAGGCAAGCAAAGCAGAGCACCAGAAAGGAGCCAAGAGAAGGACAAAUGGUCCCAUCUCUUUGAAACAAGGGGACAUCAAGCAUAAGAAGAGGAAAACUAAGGAGGCAGCUGUGGCCUUGACUCCAGCCAUACCCACCGAGGAGGACAUCUGGUUUGAUGAUGUGGACCCCAUGGAUAUUGAAGCUGCCAUGGGCCCAGAGGCGGCCAGGAUAGCACGGAGACAGCUGGGCCAGAAGGAGAGCAGCAUCUCUCUAGUGAAGGAGCAGGCCUUUGGCGGCCUGACGAAAGCCUUGGCCAUGGACUGUGAGAUGGUGGGUGUCGGCCCCAAGGGGGAGGACAGCAUCGCAGCCCGGGUGUCGCUCGUGAACCAGCACGGGAUGUGUGUGUAUGACAAGUACGUGAGGCCGACCGAGCCCGUGACAGACUACAGGACAGCCGUCAGUGGGAUCCGGCCCGAGGACCUCAAGCAGGGUGAAAAACUUGAGAUUGUGAAGAGAGAAGUUGCUGAAAUGCUGAAGGGUAGAAUCCUGGUGGGGCACGCGCUGCACAACGAUUUAAAGGUGCUGUUUCUUGAUCAUCCAAAAAAGAAGAUCCGGGACACACAGAAGUACAAGCCCUUCAAGGCUAGAGUGAAGAGCGGAAGACCAUCUCUGAAGCUGCUCUCUGAGAAAAUCCUGGGACUCAGGGUCCAGCAGGCAGAGCAUUGUUCAGUCCAAGACGCCCAGGCAGCAAUGCGGCUCUACGUCACCGUGAAGAGAGAGUGGGAGAGCACCGCCAGGGACAGGCGCCCCCCAGCGGCCGCCCCAGCCCACUGCAAGGGUGACGCCUAGCCCUGCCCUCCCUGUCUGGCUAGUGGCACUGGGUCCAGUGGCAUUAGGACCAACUCAGACCAAAGCAUGGUAACAUGUGAAACUUGGAGGCUGUGGCUGCGGGUUAUGGAAGUGAGCUGCUAGACCUUGUUCUCUCGGCUCUGCUGUGGACCCGGUCUUGCCACAGCUGGUGACAUGGUGCAGCCUAGAGGUGGGCUGCCUGAGGCUGCUGUGGCAGUAGGUUCUGGAGGGAUCCAAGCCACUCAAAGCCUUCCCCUGGGGAAGAAGUGGACAAACGAGGCUUGAUUGUGGAGUUGCCAGGCCAGGUGCCCACAGGUAGCUCCUGACACCCAGCAGGCUGGCACGGUAGCUUCCUCAUUGAACUUUGUUGUGGCCCCUGGAUCCUUUGACACUUGCAUUUGUCUCAUUUGUCCCUGAGUUAGCUGGGAGGCCAGUACCUGCAAAGACUCACAGUCCACAGUGGUCUGGAAGUUGCCUCUUCUGGCCCAAGGCUCUUGGACUGGGAAGACUGAAAUCUGACCAAGCUGUGGCUUUCUGGCAUGGCCAGUGUCAGGAAUGGCCAGCCACACUGGUCAGUGAGGGGAGCCCAGGGCUUGGGGAGUCACCUGAUCGCUGCAGGAGAGGUGCACACUCAGAAGGUGUCACUCAAAGGCAGAGUGCUUGCCUAGCAUGUGAAAGUCCUGCCUCCCUCUGGUGCAAAAUAAAGGACUUGGAUAGUUG